AUGAAAAGUAUUGAUCGGGAGCAAGCCAUUCAGUUCGAUCUCACAAAUUCUUUCUAUAAUUUGGGAAUGAAAUUGAGUUUGGUAAAGGAUUUUGCACAUGCUCUGGAAUCCUUCCAAGAAGCCAUCGAUUUACAACCCAAUGAUUUACAAAUUCAUGGGAAAAUUGUUCAACUCUAUGAAAAAAUCGGUCAAAAAGAUCAACGAGAUGAAAAAGUGAAAGAAAUUUAUACCAAGUACAAGAAUAAGGAAUUUUCAGAGGACUUGAAACGAUUCUGUCGAGAUCAGUUUGAAAUCUCAUCAUCUCCAGAAGCUGAAGGAAAGAAUAUCCAUGUGUUUGUUUAUGAACAUUUCGAGCUCAUUGGAAACAAUGCUGUGAAAUUUGUCUUUCAAUGCACAGAUUCGUCACAACAACAAGUGCUGUUGCGAAUUUCAUUGGGAAGUUAUGCCAUAACCAAUUCAUUUAUGAAAGAGUUACAUCAAUAUGCGGAUGAUCGAAGAGUUUAUCAUUUAGACGGAUACUAUCCAGGUAAUUUACAUAAAACCUUUGGAUUCUACGAAGGAACGGAGGAAGGACCUUCAUUGAGCUAUGAUGAGUUGAAAGAAAAAGUGAUUGGAAUUUUAGAUGGAAGCAAUGGAACAGUCAUGUCCUCUUCGACUGGACCAAAUAAAUACAUUUAA